AUGAAGUCAUCCUCAGGCUCAUUGGUCCCUAGCCGGCCGAGAUCGAACCUAUACGCGUCUUUGAUCGAAAGGCGUCGGCCAGCUCCAGCUCCUGUUGAUGCCGACUUGAAGGUCCGUAUGUCGGUUUGGGAACGAGGAUCUCGUCAGACGAAUUCUCAACUCGCCAUCCUCAUCCGCUCCAUUCUUCGAGUAAUACACGAGGAAGGAAACAUUCCAAACCCUUGGACUGUUACUGCUGUGCUUCGUUCCAUUGAGCCAGCGGGGCCGUGGCCUCAACCAAUACAGGUGGAUCUUUCAUGCCGAAGCAUUGAUAUCUUGCAAUCGGAAUCGUCCAGCCCUGAAGAGGCAUUGGAGGACGAAAAGGAAUUCGUGGACUUUUUGUUCAAACACCUCGAAGCAAUUCAUACGACAGACCUAGACUAUGUGAGAUCAAUCUACUCCGACCGCCUAAUCGGCUUCGCUCUUAAAUAUCCGGCGAUUCCAGAUGGGGAGACUUCCUACAGCAGACUCGACAUCCAGAAGUUCCACCUCCCAGAAGUCGAAAAUUUGGAGACAUUCAGGACCAAACUUAUUUCAACGAAGUUCUACCAUGGACCUCUCCUGGCCUUGGAUCGUGUGGCAGAGGUUGUGAGUGCGUACAAGGAAAUGAUACAAACGAUUCCGCAUGGCAGUUUUCAAAAUGCCAACGCUAACAUGGGACUGGCUGCUGCAAAAGCAGCAGUUGGGAUGCAACCUAUAAUGGAAAAUCAUCCUUUGUUGAAAGAUCUCGAUCGAUCUACUGUCGAUGAUUUAGUUCAUCACUACACCCCGCCAGUGAUACGAUGUAUGGAAGAAGUUUUGGACGCUUUGGAGAAAAUGGCUAUGGCUACCAAGUCGAGAGAGCCAUGUCCUCGUCAAACUUGCGACAUACUUUCAAAGAUAUACCAGCUUAAACGAAGCACUCCAGCGCUCACUGCUGUGUUAGUGUUGCUCGCAGAUAAGAAGGCGCAAGAGAAAUAUAUAUGGGGCUCCGUUAUUGUUGGUGGUGUCAUCGGGGUUGUGAUCGGGGCCUCUCUAUUAUGUGCUGCGAUCGGAGUCGGAUCUUCUAUGACUUUAGUCAAAUUUCUCCAAGAGGCAGAGUCACACAACACUAUGUUCAUCAAUCAGAAGGUCAAUGACAGCCUCGGAAUGAUCGUGUACUAUAUCGCCUUGUGCUUUAUGAAGUCUAACGGUAUCGUCAACCUACACAGCGAUGACGACCAAGUGAAUAAGAUCAUGGAGAAGCUAUAUGGUCAACGACCAACACAAAUAGCGAAGAAGCAAUAUCGAGCAGCAUUCUUACACAACCUAGUCGGAAAACUGGCAAAGGAUUUCCGCGAGGUCAUCGCAGGGCUACGGAAACUUGGAUAUGCUCGUCUGACAGAGCUGGAAUGGACGCCGCAGCCUCUGAUUACUGAAAGUGAGAGUACGAUGACGUUUUAA